AUCGACUCCCUCCUAGAGCGUUACCUCUCCCUCCUAGACGAAUACACCCGUCUGCGACAAGACCUAUCAAGGCUCCAGUCGGGCGUCUACCAAAACAUUGCCAGGGCAAACUUCACCGGCGAGCGGGGCAUGAGAUAUGGCCAGGACCACUACGACGAGAGGAUGCGCGCGAUCAGAGUGCUGCGCAUUGAUGAGGCUGCUGGAGGAGGAGGAGGAGAGUUGUCCGGCGGGCUGCCCAGGUUUACGGUUAGGAAUCUGAUGGCUUCUUCUGCAGCAGCAGCAGCCGAUGAGGAGGCAGAUGAGAAUGAGAAGAAGUCCGAGAGGAGCAGGAAUGAGAAGCAAGCCGGGAAGAAGAAACAAAAGACGGAAAAGACGAGCCGCAACCCUCUGCACUGGUACGGCCUCCUGGCUCCGCUGCCCCUCCGAACCGCCCAGGCGCUCUCCGUCCAGGCCGUGGAGCAGGUUAUCCCGCGCCUCGUCUCGGUGAAUGCCGAGAUGGAGCGUGUCGAGAUUGAGAUCCGGAGGGCGCGGAAGAAGAGGGCAAAGGCGGCUGCG